AUGUCCGCCCUCGACCUCGGUACUCCGGCCGCCAACGCAAAGCAAGUCCGGGAACUAUCGCAAGCACUUAAAUCACUUAACGACUCGUCGAGGCUUUAUUGCUUCAACGCAGUCCUGGCCCACACCGGUGCAUCCCGAGCUCUUGCGACUCUCUCAAGUGAGGAUGCGGAUCAACUUUUCUCGGCUGUUCAAGCAGGGUUGGUCAACCCGAACCCGUACAGUCGUAAUGCGUCCCUUCGCGUUGCCGUCCUUUUAUCAAAGCAUGCGCCACCAUCGCUCGUCGCGGACCAUUGGGCAUCCCUGACCUCUCGAGUUAUCUCGAUUCUAAAAUCUGCUCGGGGCGUGAAUCGUUCUUUGACUGCACAGGCGCUAGCUGCAGUAGCAUCGCUCAUCACCGCUGGAGCUCCGUUGACACUCGAGGGAGGCAACCAGAAGGUAAGCAUUACAACAGCAUGCCAUUCUGCUGUGGUUCAUGUCACUCGUUUCUUGGAAGGUGACCCUCCCUCGGGGGACGUUGCGCUGGCUUCGAUAGCUCUACUCUUUGCUAUUCUCAAUACAGCCCCGAGAGAACUUCGACAGGUUCUCCCACGACUGGAACUUGCACUGUGGGGCAAAUGGGUUGGACAUCCUUUGGAAAGCGUGCGACAAGCUUCCGCCAAACUGCUAGCUCAUCUACUGAUAUGUUGUCCGGAAAAAGUUAAGCAAAAAGUCUUCGAUGAGCGCAUUGAGUCUGGGUGUACAAAGCUUGAUGAAAUUCUGAGUAUUGUGGACCAUUUUACUUCUGCUCGCCAGUCUAGAAGAGCUGUAACACCCUCAAUGUUGCUUGCAGUUGCGGACUUAAAGGAGCAAGCUGCUUCGGGGUUUGCAGACCGGCUCAGUCAUCUCUACUCUGCUGCUUCUUUCAUGCUUCAAGAAGUGCUCAACCACGGUUCUCUAACGCCACUGUUCAUAUCUAUUCCCAAACUUUUACACACACUAUGUCGCGGGUUCUCCCAUAGACAGAUUGACCUGUACACACCUGACCUGGAGGGUGUCGCAUUGAACGCUGACGAUGUCCUUCGUUUGAUCGCGAUUACUGAAAGAGAAUCUCUUCGCACCUUAGUCACACUAACUGAAAGCGUUGAUCGCUCGGCUAUGCUUCCGUAUGUUCAUGUCCUUGCUCAAGCAUUUCACCGUCAAUUGUCAUACAUGAUUCUAAAAGUACAAACAGCUCCAGGGGCUGUUGCCGCUAUCGUACAACGCAGCCUUCUUUUUGACGCCAUGGCACGAAUAGUAAUGGUUUUGGGAUGCGGCUUCAUUGAGCAAAUUUUGGAGCCGUUCGUGAAAUUGUUUGAGUGUGACAUUGCAAUAUACUCAAAAGCGGCACAUGCACAGAGUUACUUGCUGUCGAAAAGCUCUUCUGCCAUCUCCGAAUCAGCACGAUUUCGAAAAAGGCGUAAGGUCGCGAACUCAAGAAACCGAGAAGCGCACGCAAAGGAGAUGUCCGCGGUUGACAGCACGUCUGAUAAAUCAGUGACAUGGGCAUCAGCAACCAUCAGGGAUUUGCAAACUGUUCUAAUAUCUGGCACUCGAUUACUGACUGCAAUAGUCGAAAACAGAGGCCUUCUCGAAUCACGAGCUGUGGACGCAUUGCGCCGGAUUGAAAUUUUGAUGGAACGGAUCGAGCGAUUUUCCACAUCCUCGACUGAAUUCUUAGAGCUCAUCAGAGCGAUGGCUCUCGGAGGCGGCCCCAGCCGUCUCAGUGCGGAAGCGAGCCCGUUUCUUCUGCGAUGCUUGUCACUGUCGAAGCAAACAACUCUAUCCAUGGCAUCGUCUCCGCAGUUGCGUAGCUCGGGUUUGCGAAUGAGAUCAACAGCAGAACUCUUGCUACAUCCUCGAGGGCCCCCGGUGGUGCGAGCCAAGGUCCCAAGGCGGAAUGCUAGUGAUCAUCAAUCGCCUGUGACUGGAUUCUUACCGCAGCAGCAAGAGAACCCCACUCCGCAUCAAUUAGAUGAUGAUGAGCCGCAAGGGACAGAUAAAAGUGACGCAGAAAUGCUUAAACCUCGUAAGGAGGAUGGCUUAUCGUCGGCUUUCGAAGGAAGUCGCAACGAAAUUCCAGGCGGAGAUAAUGGCAAACGACUCGAAAAUUUUCCAGGACGCGACGAAAAGGACAGAGGGGCUGGAACGAAAACACGGGCAGAAGCAUAUCUACGAAAUGCUAUGGAUUCAGAUCAGAAAAUGCCUCUCUCUGAAGGCGUUGUGAAAAAAUCUACAGAGAACCAUGCAAAUAUUGGGACUGGCGUAGCGGUCUCUGCAGGCACAGCAGCAAGCACCAUUCACGAAAGUGUUGCUGGGACAGGCCUGGUGACCGUAAACAUCCCGCAUUCGACCUCACUACAGAAUGCUCCUGGCGGUGUUCUUCCCAUCACGGUGGAGGCUGUGGAAGGCAUUUCUAACACUCUGGCUAAGGAAUCCGUUGGUGGGAUCGAAAGUGGAGAAGAAAUGAUCGCGACCUCCCCCACAAGGGAAGUUCAGCCGGCUGCAGUGAAAGAUACAUUCAACAAUUCUUCAUCAGAUGUGGACGAAGAUGCGCUCGUGGCUUCCUUGACAUUUGAGCCUCCUGACGCAGAAUGA